AUGCCCUCGGGUUAUUUGUAUCGAAUUCCGGUGUGCAUUAUCCGACCAUUGGCGCUCACAUUGAGCGUGUACACAUUCCAGAAGACCGACACAGUUAUCUUUGCGAUCCGAGUUGCAUGCAUGGAUUUGCAUGAUAGCACAUUCCAAAUAACCUCCCCUAUGGAACAGCCAAAUUUGGAACCGAGUACACCGCUCACAUUUCGUCUGACCAAGUGUCAACUGUUACUAACCGCUCCCAACGUUCCGGACUCUGUACUGGCAAAAUCGAAUGCCAAUUCGAAUUCCACGGUCGGCGGGAAAUCGUCAGAAUCAAUCUCCGUUCCAGAACCUCUACCCAUCGGGUCCGAGGAUGCUCCUGUGGCACUAACGAACGGAACUAGCACCGCUCGUCCGAGUGAGCUAAAGAAACCUCGAAACAGUAUGGUCGGAAUUCCGAUUAAUCCAUCGAAUUCUGAAAUAGUGAGUCAUCCAACUCGGUAA